UAUCUUCUUCUAGGCCCUCACCCUAAACACGCCAUGUAAUCCCGUUCUUCCCCGCCGAGCUGCGGCCGGGCGCAAGUAGAACUCGCUCGCGUUGACGGCAUUGAUCGGCAGUAGUGGCGGAACGCAGAAGCAGCGAGCUCGAUCAAGCGAGCAAAUAGCAGCGGCGAUGAACGCGCCGCCGGGCGACGACGGCGGCGGCGCCGCGCAGGGCAUCUUCGGGUCGAGCGGCAUCAGCGGGUUCGGCCACGGCGUGGGCGUCUCCGUGGGCAUCCUCCUCGUCGUCUCCACCAUCGCGCUCGCCGUCUACUUCUGCACGCGCACGUCCAUGCCCGUGGCCGCCGCGGCCGGCGUAGGCGCCCCGCCGCUCCCCGACGUCGAGCGGGGCAUCGACGAGGCCACGCUCGCGGCGUUCCCGGCGGUGGCGUACGCGGAGGCGAGGAAGGCGCCGGCGCCGGCGGCGCGGCGGCGGCAGCAGCAGCAGGCGUGCUGCCCCGUCUGCCUCGACAACUACGGCGACGGCGACGUGGUCCGGGUGCUCCCCGACUGCGGCCACCUGUUCCACCGCGCGUGCGUCGACCCCUGGCUCCGGCAGCGCCCCACGUGCCCCGUCUGCCGGACCUCGCCGCUGCCGAGCCCCAUGCCCACGCCGCUCGCCGAGGUCACGCCGCUCGCGUCCGCAAGGCCGUCGUGAGGGUUCUUCGGGCCUUUCUUUUACCACCACUCUGCUUCGUUUCCUAUUUGGUAGCGAACCAUUUCAUUCGUACACAUACAUCAUAGCACGGUGUAAUUACUAAUUAGGAGGUAGCACAAAAUUAUUUGCUUUGAGGGUGUAAACUUUAGUAGAAUAAUGUACACAUACUACAUAGAAGUGUAGGACAGUUAUAUGAGGUUUUUGUUCUCUGAGGAAUUCACUCUGAACAGACAGGGAAUGAUGAAUGAGCAGAAUAAAAUUGCUUAAAA